AUGAAUCCAAAUACUCAAGAAGAAACACAAGAUUUGAUAAAUAUAAAUGUUCAUUUUAAUGAAGAAAAACAGAAAAAAAAAAUGGAGCUCCGCCUCAAAAACCUAGAAACAUGGAAUGGCACUCAAGGAAUAUUUAAAACAGCAUCUAAUCUUGAUGCCAGUUUGAAAAAAAAUACUGCUUUUAUUAAACGCUUGCGUGCAGGAAUCACAGGGGAUGUUCAUGAUCAAUUGAUGCGAGACUUAAAGACCCUAUCACUCGAAAAAUAUAUCUCAGAGAUUGUAGGGGCGGUUAUAGAAGGCUUGCAAAAAUCUAAAACAUCAACGGAUAUUUUUGCAGCCAUUGAGGUUGUUUCUGCACUUCAUCAAAGAUUUUCAACUUUAUUCACUCCUUUUUUAACUUUUCAGAUAGCACGUGGUCUUACUCAACCAUUAAAAAGCUAUAUGGCAUCAUUAACUCCAGAACAACGCGAAAAAGAAGACUCUCAACGUUUAUUGAAACAACGUAUUCUUCUUCGUGUUUCUGUUGAGCUUUGGCUUGUUGGAGUUUUACGAACUUUGAAUGAUGCAAUCCCAUUAGGUGUCGUUACAAAUACUAAUUCUCAACUAAAGUCUUCAAAAUACCAGAAACGUUCUGAAAAUCACACAAAUGAACCUUUUGUAUAUUCUAUUAUUAAAGAUAUUAUUCAACAAGAUCGAGAUUAUGUUAAUUUACCUCUUAUUGUAACUUUUGUGAGAAAUUUUGCAACUGAUAUUUUUUGUAUCAGCCAGAAGCGUUUGCGGAAAAUUUUUGAUGGAAAUACUUCUGAAAAUUCAGUAGAGUUUUCACAACAGUAUACUAUUGAUGAAAACAUAUCUAUUUGUCCUUUCGAUAUUAGGGAAAAUAUUAAGCUUUUAUUGCAAAAAUAUUUUGAUAAUUUAAAAGAAUAUAUAGUAAAAGAGCACAGGAAUCUCAAAAUUCAAGAAAAAAGCGUAUCUGAUGCAUCUGUUAGCCGAGGAGAAAUUAACGAAGAUCGUCAAAAUAAUCUUGACCGCCUGGAAAAGCAUUUAGAAAAACUAAUCAAUAAUGCAAAAAUAUUAGCAGAUAUUUUAGGUUUAUUAAUGCCAGAUUUAAAAGAUCAAGACGAAGAUACACUCAAUAAUAUGGAUUCUUGUAUACGUAUUAGUAAUUCCUUUUUACAAGAGAGAGAAGAAAUUACUAUUAACAGUUUAUGGGAAGAUGAUGAUCAAAAAAAGUUUUAUGAAGAUAUCAUUGACUUAAAGGAUACAGUUCCUUCUAGUUUUUUAACUAAUGAUAAAAAGCAGAAUAAAGAAAGUGAAAUGUCUAAUGAAAAUAAACCACCUCCUAUUGAUAAACUUGAUGAAAUGGAUUUAGAUAUUACAGAUGAUAAUAUUGAAGCAAUUGAAAAUGAAAUAAAUGAAAAUGAUUUUUCUCAAGAAGAUUUAAAUAUGUCUAAAGGAGUCGGUAUACAAAUCGAUGCUUACAUUACACGUUUACCUGAACUUAAUAAUCGAGAUAUGAUUGAUCAAGCAGCAAUAGAUUUUUGUUUUUUGAAUUCUAAGGCUUCUAGGAAUAGGUUAAUAAAGGUUUUAUGCGAGCCCCCUCGAAAUCGUCAAGACAUAUUUCCUUAUUAUUCACGUUUAAUUGUAACACUAAGCAAAUAUAUGCCUACUAUUAGAGAUUCUGUUGUUGAAUAUCUUAUUAAACAGUUUAAAAAAAUAAUUGCUUUAGGAACUAAGGAUUUAGAAUUACGUACAAGGAAUUCUCGAUAUUUGUCGGAACUUAUAAAAUUUAAUGCAGUUCCACAUCAUUUAGUAUUUCAUUGUUUUAAAUUAACAAUUGAUAAAUUUUCCAAACAAACUAUAGAAACUUUAUGUAUUUUAUUAGAAGAAUGUGGCAGAUUUUUGUUUCGACAUCCUGAAACAAAUCCAAGAAUGGUUGCUUUGUUAGAGACAAUUAUGAGGAAAAAGAAUGCGCAAAAUUUAGGGCAACAGGAACGUCUUAUGAUUGAAAAUGCUUUUUAUUAUGUUAAUCCACCCGAACAACCAGUAAUUCAUCAUAAAAUUCAAUCAGUUGAAGAACUUUAUAUUAGAAAGUUAAUAUAUUACGAUUUAAACAAAAAAAAUUACCCGCGAAUACUUAAACAAUUAAGAAAACUACAUUGGGAAAAUCCAGAAAUGGAAAAUUUGCUUUUUAAACUUUUUUUAAAAGUAUGGGAUGUCCGUUUUAACAAUAUACAUUUAUUAGCAAUUUUGAUUAAAGGGUUAUCUUUUUAUCAUCAUGAAUUCACUAUAAAAUUGGUCGAUAGCAUUCUCGAAUUAAUUCGAGUUGGUUUAGAAGAAAAUAAUUAUAAAUACAAUCAAAGACAAAUUGCAUUAAUUAGAUAUUUAGGUGAGCUAUAUAAUUAUAAAAUUAUAGAUACUCCAGUUAUAUUUGAUACUUUAUAUACAUUAGUUAUAUUUGGACAUGCUGAAGGAAGACCUCAUCCUGAUAAAUAUACACCAAUUGAUCCUCCAGAUGAUUUUUUUCGUAUUCAUUUAGUUUGCACAUUAUUAGAUACAUGUGGAUUAUGUUUUGAUAGAGGUUCAUCAAGAAAAAAAUUAGACAUUUUUUUAGCAUUUUUUCAGUAUUAUAUAUAUACUAAACAUCCUCUUACUAUGGAUGUAGAAUUUGUUUUACAAGAUACUAUGCAUUUGAUUCGCUCAAAUUUAAAGCUAGCAUCGUCUCUUGAGGAAGCUGCAAAAGGAAUGGACGAAAUAAUUACUAAAUAUAUUAAGCCUUAUGAUAUUCAAACAAAUUCUCAUAAUAUAGAGGAUAGUACUGAUACAGAGUCUUUCAAUGAUGAUGAUGUGCUUAUAAUUGAUGAACAUGAGACGGAAAUUCAAGAAAAAGAUGAUAUGGGGGAUAAUGUUAAAAAUGACUCUAUACAUAUUAAUGAAGAUGAUGAAAUAAUUGUUUUUAGGAGAGAACAGCGAAAUAAAAAAGAAGAGGAAGAAUUUGACCAUGAAUUUUCGAAAAUAAUUGCUGAAAGUCUUGAAACUCGUAAAUUUGAUCGUAAAGGAAUAUUUGAUCCCCCAUUACCAAUUAAACGGCAAAGUAUUCAAUUGAAUUGCAAUAAAAUAGAAUCAUCUGAUGUUUUAAAUAACAAUAUUUCUUUUACGUUACUUGUUAAGCGAGGAAAUCGUCCAAUGACUUAUAUGGUUGAUAUACCAUCAGAUUCAGCAUUAGCUAUAUCAACAAGAACAAAGAAAGAGGCAGAAAAACAAGAACAACAGCAUAUCAAAUCUCUUGUUCUUAAGUAUGAACAGAUGGAUGAUGAUGAAAAAAGAAGUGUAUAA